GAUAUAAGAAUGUGGAAGGAGAGGUAUUGGUGAGGUGAAAGAAGUGGAUAGCGAGAGAAGAAAGCAACGGCAUGUCGAUGAGCAGAAGCACAAGCCUGGACUCAACAACACACUACACCGAUGAGCAGUGGGUGGUGGACAUAUGUGACACGCUGGUGGCGCUUUCCGCCACCGAACUUGAUUUGAAAUAUUCUCACCCAGUUUGCAUCUGCGAAGUGCCGGAAUCGCUGACCUCCACCAUGAAGGAAGAUUAUGUCCCUCAGUUUGUAGGACUUGGCCCUUACCAUCACUUCCGAGAAGGCCUCGUCUUCACAGAUCACCAGAAGUUGGCCGCAGCCAGAAGGGUCCUCCGCCACUUCGUCCCCAGCAACAGCAUCAACCUAUUCCAACACCGCAUCUCAAACUUUGACACACACAUCCAAACCUUCUUCCAUCCUGACGUCGCAUCCACGUAUAAUCUUCCCACCCUCUCCUACGUUCUCACCGUCGAUGGCUUGUUCGUGCUGGCUUUCAUUACGCUUCUCAAACGUGAAAACCGUAAAUUGGGAUUCUCUUACUUCUUAACCGGAAAACUCGGGAUGCCCCUCUUUAACGACGUCGGUCGAGAGCUCACCGUGAACGCUCUUAUCAGGGAGGUUUUCAAGCUUGAAAACCAAAUUCCCUUUUAUGUUUUCAGGCAGAUCAGUGGAGUCAACAACAACGAAAUUAAUUCAGAUUCUAUGAGUCUUUCCCUCGCUUCAAACUUGAAAAAUUUCUGUAAAAAAGAAUGCCCAUUUGUCAACUUAAAAGAGCUCCCCGGUCGUGUUGCCCUAGAAGGGUAUCAUCAUUUGUUGGACCUCAUGUACCAUUUAGUUGUUCCUAACCAUCAGUCUGAACCUGUAUCCCAUCCGGACUCUAAGGUCGAGUCUGAGGAUGAAUCCGAGGACGAGCAGCAGGUUCCGGCCGAGGCUCCGACUCAGGUUCAGGGUGAAGAUCCGGCUGUUGAGACUGAAACCAAGGCUGAGGAUAAUGCAGCAUGCUUUUCCGUAUGCCACAGAAUACUGCUGUUCUUGGUGGCUUCAUGCAUUGUUAUCUGGUUUAUGAUUACGGUCGUUCUGAAGCUGUUCUUAUGGGUGAUAACUUCUAUAUUCCGUAAGAUUCAACGGGUGUUACGUUUUUUAUUCAGUGUGGUUCUGAAGGCGCUACGCCCUCUAUGGGGCGUGGUAGUGCGAUUGGGGAAACGCUUGAACCCUGCGCUUGGUUGGUUACACGCUGCCCUAACCAAGUUGGAAGGUAAAAUAAACCAUCCGAUCCUGAAACCUUUGACACAAGUGGUUGGACGUCUUGAAGUUAUCACGAAAACGAUUGAAUCAGCAGAAUCAGGUGUUCCACGGGUUGUGAUGAUUCCAUCUGUGAAAGAACUGAGGAAAGCUGGGAUUUUGUUCCGACCGGCUGAAAGUGGCAUCUCAUCCAUUGAUUUCGAUGAACGAAAGUGCGUAUUUUACUUGCCUUGCAUAAGAUUGGAUGUGAACACAGAAGUGAUAAUUAGAAACCUUGUGGCUUACGAGACGUUAAUAAAAUCCAGCACCCCAUUGGUGUUCACGAGGUACGUUGAGUUAAUGAGAGCGAUUAUAGACACUCCUGAGGAUGUGAAGAUUUUGGUUGACAGCGAAAUCAUUGAGAGCAAGUUGAAGAAUGAAGAUAUGGCGGACAUUUUCAAUAGGAUGAACAAACCGAUUAGGCCUACGAAGACUCCGAAUUUGGAUAAAGUGAUUUACAAAGUUAACGCCAUGUUCUACAGUAAAGAGAAGCAUAAAAGGGUUGUGUCCAAGUAUACAUCUGGAUCAUUCUUAACAGCCAUUGGAGGUCUCGUAUUUUUGGGUUUUACGGCUCUCCAAACUUAUUGCACCGUUCUCAACUGCUCUUCUUCCUCCAGACUUGCUCAAUUUCCUACUCAUUUGGAUGAUUAUGGUAGAAAUCACUAUUUCAUAAGCUCUUUCUAAGUUUGUGUAAUUUCAAGUUCAAGUAGUUCUACUUCAUGCUUCUUGAGUAAUAUGUAUUACCAAUUUUUCUAA